AUGCCACCAACCACCCUCUUCGACGCCCUCAUAAUCGGCGCCGGCCCAGCAGGCCUCUCAGCCGCAACUGGUCUCGCGCGCCAACUCCACACCACAGCAGUCUUCAAUUCCUCUGUAUUCCGUAACGGAAAGACAAAACACAUGCACAACGUUGUGGGCUGGGAUCAUUGCGACCCCGCCGAUUUCCGUGCCAAGGCUCGCGAGGAUUUGUUGACGCGAUACGCGCCGACGGUCCAGUUCCAUGACUUUGGUAUUGAAUCGGUCUCAAAGCAAGCCGAUGGGAGGUUUGAGGUGAGGGAUGAGAACGGAGGAGUUUGGAGGGGAAAGAAACUUGUGUUGGCGGUUGGGGUGAAGGAUGUGUUUCCUGAGAUUGAGGGUUAUGUGGAGUGUUGGGGGGAGGUUAUACACCACUGCCUCUUCUGCGAUGGCUACGAAAAGCGCGGCGCAAAAUCAGCGGGUGUCCUGGCAACAGACCUCCUUGACCUCACACCGAGGAUAAUGCACGUCGGCCACAUGGCAAAGAGACUAGUUGAUAAUGUCACCAUAUACACCAAUGGCAACAACGAUCAGGCUUCAACAUUACAAGAAGCGAUAGCAAACGUGGAUGGAUUCAAUGUCGACUCGCGCCCUUUCGCGAGGCUAGAAAAACGUGAAACCGAGGCUGAGCCGAAGAUUAUCAUCCAUUUCAAGGAUGGAAGUCAAACCGAGGAAGCUUUUUUGGCUCACGGACCAAAAUACGUUCUCAACGGCCCCUUUGUAGAACAACUAGGACUCGAGACAAUCGAGAGCGGCGAGAUUAAGGUAUCCCCCAUGUUCAAUGAGACUUCGAUGCCGGGAGUUUUUGCCGUUGGCGAUUGCGCUACUCCUAUGAAGGCAGUGACGCCGGCUAUGUACAUGGGAUCAGGAGCUGCGGUGGCGAUUGUGAUGCAACUUCAGGGGAAGUAG